CUGUCGCUGGAAAACUCCUCAUCCACCUCACCCUCCUCUUCCUUCGUCCUCCAUUUUCCGCGGGAAUCGGGAGUAAGACCGACUCGCUGAGAUGAGGAGAGGAGAGAAGAAGAAUGGAAGGAAGGGGAACGUUCGACCCAGCUGGUGCCUGUGUGAUAAAACGACGUACGUAUGAUGUGGUAACAUAUGGCCGCUCUGUUGUACCGUUUUGCAGGAGAACAGACGGCAAAAUGCAGUAGACACAGCAUCUAAGCAUGGAAAUUAAUGAGUGCUUCGACUGUACCGGGUAUUGUGCUUUUGGAUACUAUUGUGCUGCAUAAUGAUAAUAAUAUUUCAGUCGUGUUGUGGUAAGAGCGAGCUGACUAGUCGCGCGGUCGGCAGACAAGCUGUGGCUUUGAUGAAAAUGGUGACUGGCUUCACUGAUCUUCUUCUAUUUCGGUGAUACAAUAAUAAUUUCUUUCUGUUUUUUAAUCGGCACCGUUGGUUUCGUGCUUUGAGCAGAUCGAGGCAACCUUUUCGAACACAGAGACGUUUAUUCUUUGUUUCGGUGGGCACCAACAUGAGAGCUCAUAUCACACCGAGAUAACCCCAUCUUAGUAAGGACCAGCAACAUCUCCUCUACGUACAGACUGGACGUGAGAUCAUUUUUUGGACACCCCUUAUUAACGAUCUAGUCACUUUUAUGUUACAGUUCGCUAUCGGAAGCGGCAACGAACUCUUGACCUACGCCAUAAUGAGCGAGAGACGUUACAUGAAUGACUUAGACGAAGCAGGAGAAAAAUGCUUCGGCCAGACGGAAUACGGCAGUAAUUUUGUUCGACAUAACAAAGACGCCUAUUGGUCAUUCGUGGACAAUUCAGACGUAUCAUUUAGGAGAAAGAAGAGCGGAUACGACACGGAUAAUAUCGGUGUUCUGAAAUCUUUACGAGCAAAACGACCCGACACGAGAAACGGCGGGAUUAUGAAUGCUAGAAGUCACAGCAGUCUCGCAAGUGUUUGCUCCGUUAGUAAUGGCGUUGGCGGAAGGAGCGGAUAUGGUGGCUCGCUGAGACGAAAACGAGGCGAUGUUUCCCGGAUGUCGUCUGUCGACAUCAGCAGUGUCAGCAGAAAUAAAACAUUUCAGGAGACAGGAGGAAGAAACCGAGCCUCCAGCAUGACUUCGUCGUUAAGUGACGUCACGUCCGUCAGCUCCAUUUCGUCUGGUGGAUUCUCCACAGCGCGGGAAAACACGACGAGUCGUCUGCGACAGGAGCUACACCGCGGAAGUCCAGUGGAGGCCAACGGGACUUAUCAAACUCCAUUACAGAGGAAAGAGAAGGAGCUGAAAGAGCUGAGGAAUGAGCUGGAAAUGCUAGUCACCAAAGGAAAAUCUCGUGUCUCGAUGGAGGAGCUCAGCCGGAAGUUGUUCCGAACGGAAAAGCAACUGGCAAAAUGGCAGUCCUUGCGGCUGGCAGAGUCUUACCACCAAAACAACAACAACGUAGCAGUAAAAUCUGACAGCCAGGCUGUGACGACCCUGGCUUUCCUCAAGGACGCUUUCUUCCACUUCCUAUGUGACCCCUCUGACGCCGAACUUCACCUCAAGGCAAUCACUGGAAUAUUCCAGUACUCCGACGCACAGAAUGCUAGAAUCAAGCGCGCCAUGUUGGAUCGAAAAAAGACGGAAAAGAAAAAGAUUUUCAAUAAGAAGCAAGACUCAACAUGACUGAAAAGAGAAAGAAUGGUGGAAGAAGGUGUUGAAUAAGAAAUAAGAAUGCACACGAUGUUGAUGGGACGUGAAACAUUAUCUUCAAAUUUCAAUUGUGUUCACAUUUUUGCUUAACUUUGUUUCUUCCAGAAUCAUCCUUGAUCUGGUUCAUAAAAUAUUUGACAGCAAAAAGGUGAUUAACCUAUUCACUGCCAGGCCCAAGGCUGUCUUGGAUACUUUGGUAGGAAUGUGGAGCAGGCCUGGCAGUCAAAGAGUAAAGGAACUGCCCAACAAGUGAUGGCGAUUUGAAACGUGAAUGCUAUUUCUUGUAUGCUCUUCCAUAAUGAAACUACAUAGUUUUGCAUAAUGUUCUUGCUGCUCUCUGAGAAAUCUAGUAUGCUGGUUUGUGUGAGGUAUUUAAGAUGCAAAAAAGAAAGGUAUAAUUUGCAUGUUGGCACAAUUCAAAGCAGAAAGCCUGAAAGUUUUGUCGCUCUCCAUUUCUAACUUAUUUGACCUAAUACUACAAUAUCUGAGGUACCAAUUGUCCGUGGAGUCACAUUCCUGAUGUCAGAAGCGAAAGUAGUGUUUAACUGAUUCUCCAAAUGAGGGGAAAAAAUGUAUCAGACUAAGCAUAAUAACGAAUCAUUUUUUGUGUAUUGUGUAUUGUAUGUGGUGCUACCUCUUGGACGUUUCUUCUGCUUUAUCACAGAAAGGUUUAUGAGAGAAACCUUCAUGAACCGAAACCGCAUAUCUUAAUUUCAAGAGGUGUAUCUUUAAUUUAAAGAACACGAAUUAUGCUUGUAUCAUUGUAGAAUAUUUUAUUUUACUUGCUAUGAUAUAAAUUCUUUGAUUCCACUUUGUUUGCCAGAUCAGCUACAUCCGAAAUAGUCUGGGAUAGGCAAACACUGUUGUAGAUUCCUGAAUCUAGUAGUCCGGAAUUUUGUGAAGUUAUAAUACCGUCUUAAAGAUUUUGGGCUACA